ACGCAGUCAGAUGAUAUCUGUUGAUUUCGCCGAUCUCAACGCUCUCUCCCCUUUUUCCUCUCUCCCAUUACACGUGAACGUGAUCCCUUUCCCUUCUUCAUCCUCCUCCUCGCGAUGCUAAAAUUUAUUUUCAUUUCUCAAGAAGUUUUUUAAUUCGAACAAUUUGUAUGAGUGAAUUACUAACAUUUUUAUUAUUUUUUAAUUUCAUAAAAUAACGAAAAUUAUAGACCGUUGAAGGAAGGAACCUUUCACUCACUCUCUCAAUCACUUCGACGACUUCACUCCGGAGAGGGGACUCUUCCGUCUUCUUCUUCUUCUUCUUCUACUGUCUCUGAUAUUUGUGGUCUCUCUCUCUCUCUCUCUCUCUCUCUCUCUCUCUCUCUCCGCAUAUUAUAUUAUAUUCCCAAACAGUCCCUUUUAUCUCUCUUUUGGAAACAUCUGUACAAAUAUCUCCAUCGACUUUGUAACUUCUCAAUUCGCUCUAUAUAGUCUAAUAUCUUAGCUCAGCAAUUUUCCUGCAACUUGAUCUAUUCACGUGAUUCUCUUCAAUUUUCGCUUGGCUUUUCUACAAGAAUCCUCAUCAGGGGGAGCUUGAGGAGUUUGCCUCUAAGAUCACGUCUUCAAAGAAGUUUAGAUUACAUUUCUGUGGUCAGAUUCCUACCAAAGUUUUAAAAGCUAUACUAAAAAUUGCUAGGCAUGGGGACUGUAGAAGAAGUCAGUGGCAAUACUAAGUCUGGACUUUCUGCUAAAUCUGGUGUACUAGCCAAAAUUCCGGCUGUUGCGCAUCCGCUGGCCGAAGAACCAGCCGAGAUUGCAUCCAACAUCAAUUACCAUGUCCAAUACAAUCCUCAUUUUUCCCCUUUCAAAUUUGAGCCAGAGCAAGCAUUCUACGCAACAGCAGAGAGUGUUCGCAAUCGUCUGAUACAACAAUGGAAUCAAACCUAUCUUCACUUUCACAAAGCCGAUCCAAAGCAAACAUACUAUUUAUCCAUGGAGUACCUACAAGGACGAUCUCUGACUAAUGCAAUUGGAAACCUGGACUCUCAAGAUGCAUAUAUUGAUGCUUUGAAUAAGCUGGGUCAUGACCUCGAGGAAAUUGUUGAGCAGGAGAAAGAUGCAGCUCUAGGUAAUGGGGGUCUGGGAAGGUUAGCUUCAUGCUUUCUAGACUCGAUGGCAACAUUAAAUUUGCCUGCAUGGGGUUAUGGUUUGAGGUACAGAUAUGGGCUGUUUAAGCAGUGCAUUGGCAAGCAGGGACAAGAAGAAAUUGCUGAAGACUGGCUUGAGAAGUUUAGCCCUUGGGAAGUUAUCAGACAUGAUGUUGUCUUCCCUGUAAGAUUUUUUGGUCAAAUUGAAGUCCAUGCCUCUGGAUCGCGGAAAUGGGUGGGUGGGGAGGUUAUACAAGCUCUAGCAUAUGAUGUACCCAUUCCAGGAUUCAAAACCAAGAACACUAUCAGCCUUCGUCUCUGGGAAGCAAAAGCUGGUGCCGAAGACUUCAACCUCUUUCAGUUUAAUGAUGGACAGUAUGAAUCAGCUGCACAGCUCCAUUCUAGAGCUCAGCAGAUCUGUGCUGUCUUAUAUCCUGGGGAUGCUACAGAAGAUGGAAAGCUACUAAGAUUGAAGCAACAAUUUUUCCUGUGCAGUGCAUCACUUCAGGACAUUAUUUUCAGAUUUAAGGAGAGAAAAGAAAAGGGUGUGCGGCAGUGGUCCGAAUUUCCAAAUAAGGUUGCAGUACAGCUGAAUGAUACACAUCCAACUCUGGCUAUUCCAGAGCUGAUGCGACUACUAAUGGAUGAUGAAGGACUUGGAUGGGAUGAAGCUUGGGAUGUGACAACAAGGACAAUUUCCUAUACAAAUCAUACUGUCCUUCCCGAAGCACUAGAGAAAUGGUCACAAACUGUGAUGUGGAAACUUCUCCCUCGCCAUAUGGAAAUCAUUGAAGAAAUUGACAGGAGGUUCAUAGCCAUGAUAAAUUCUAAGCACCCAGGCCUUGAGAGUAAGCUUUCCAGCAUGUGCAUCAUGGAUAAUAAUCCCCAAAAACCAGUUGUACGAAUGGCAAAUUUAUGUGUGGUGUCUUCACAUACGGUGAAUGGUGUGGCCCAAUUACACAGUGACAUUUUGAAGUCAGAGUUAUUUGCAGACUAUGUCUCUGUAUGGCCUACCAAAUUCCAAAAUAAAACCAAUGGUAUAACUCCUCGUAGAUGGCUCCGGUUUUGCAGUCCUGAACUUAGCCACAUUAUCACGAAAUGGUUAAAAACUGAUGAAUGGGCGACCAACCUUGACCUACUUGCAGAUCUUCGGCAAUUUGCUGACAGUGCAGCCUUCCAAGUUGAGUGGGAAUCAGCCAAGAUGGCUAACAAGCAACGAUUAGCUCAGUACGUACAGCAAGUCACAGGUGUAAGCAUUGACCCAAAUAGCCUUUUUGACAUACAGGUCAAGAGGAUUCAUGAAUAUAAAAGACAGCUGCUAAAUAUUCUUGGUGCAGUUUAUAGAUACAAGACAUUAAAGGAAAUGAGCCCUGAAGAGCGAAAAAGAGCAACUCCACGCACCAUCAUGAUUGGAGGGAAAGCAUUUGCAACAUAUACAAAUGCAAGAAGGAUAGUCAAGCUAGUGAAUGAUGUUGGUGCUGUUGUCAACACUGACCCUGAAGUCAGCAGCUAUUUGAAGGUAGUUUUUGUUCCCAAUUAUAAUGUAUCCGUGGCAGAAAAGCUUAUACCAGGAAGUGAGCUAUCACAACAUAUUAGCACAGCAGGCAUGGAGGCAAGUGGCACAAGUAACAUGAAGUUUGCACUUAAUGGGUGUCUCAUUAUAGGAACAUUAGAUGGGGCUAAUGUAGAAAUAAGAGAGGAAAUUGGAGAGGAGAAUUUUUUUCUCUUUGGUGCAACAGCAGAUGAAGUACCUCGGCUGCGCAAGGAAAGAGAAAAUGGACUGUUCAAACCAGAUCCUCGGUUUGAAGAGGCCAAGCAAUUCAUAAGAAGUGGAGCAUUUGGAAGCUAUGAUUACAAUCCACUCCUCGAGUCCCUGGAAGGAAAUUCUGGUUAUGGUCGUGGUGAUUAUUUCCUUGUUGGUCAUGACUUCCCAAGCUAUAUGGAUGCUCAGGCAAGAGUAGACGAGGCUUACAAGGACAGAAAAAGAUGGAUAAAGAUGUCUAUACUCAGCACUGCAGGGAGUGGCAAAUUCAGUAGUGACCGGACAAUUUCUCAGUACGCAAAGGAAAUUUGGAACAUAGAGGAGUGCCGUGUACCAUGAACUACAUGACGUAAUUCACCUCCUCCUUACAUAACUUUCAUUUUGUUAAAUUCCUGCCUUGAAAACAUGAGUUAAGAAGAAAAAAAGAAAAAAAAAGCAAAAAAUAAAUAAAAGAAGACAAUGUAACACGUAUCUGCACUGUAGCCACGCGGAUGGCAUUAAUAAGCUGUAUUUGCUUGUACUCUUCUGCGCUUGUAUUUACCAAGCAGCCAGUUUCAAUCUUGCUAUUGUUGUUUAUUGAA